AUCAACGUGCGCGGACACUGGACAAGUCAGAGGCAGCACCACGUGUACUGUGUUGACUGUCAAAGCCUUCAGGAGCCCAAUUCCCGGAAGCUGUGAGUUCUGAAAGAAGUUCCUGCAAUCGAGCGCCCGGAGUCUGCGAGCCCCCAACCAUGAGCGCCCCGGGCGUGCUGUCCUUUACCCAGCAAGGCUGGGAGCAGGUGCUGGCCAAAGUGAAACGGGCUUUGGUCUACCUGGACGCCGCCUGCGCCGAGAGCCUGCACUGGGGCUGUGGAUCCACGCGGCUUCUGGAGGCGGUGGGAGGUCCUGAGUGUCACCUGCGGGAGUUCGAGCCCACCGCAGUUGGUGGUGGAGCCAAGCAGCCUAAGGCGGUGUUUGUGUUGAGCUGCCUGCUGAAAGGCCGGACCGUGGAGACCCUACGGGAUAUCAUCUGUCGCAGUCACUUCCAGUACUGUGUAGUGGUCACAGCCGUGAACCACGCUGUCCACCUCACCGCUAAUCACGUGCCGGCGGCUGCAGCGGCCGAGCUGGAAGGGCAGCAGCCCGUGUUCGAGCAACUGGAGGAGAAGCUGUGUGAGUGGAUGGGCAAUAUGAACUACACCGCCGAGGUGCUGCACGUCCCGUUGUUGCUCGCCCCUGUGGCUCCCCACCUUGCCUUGACUCCAGCCUUUGCUUCCCUUUUUCCACUGCUCCCCCAGGAUGUGCAUCUCCUUAACAGCGCCCGACCGGACAAGAGGAGGCUAGGAAGCCUGAGUGAGGUGGAUGCCACGGCCCUGACCCCUGAGCUGUUUCUGCAGAUCAGGUGCCUGGUGUCAGGCCUCAGUUCUCUGUGUGAGCAUUUCGGGGUGCGGGAGGAGUGUUUUGCCGUAGGUUCCCUCAGUCGGAUCAUCGCUGCAGAUCUGGCUAAUUAUGCCCCUGCCAAGAACAGGAGGAAGACUGCCACAGGCAGGGCAUCAGUGGUCUUUGUGGACAGAACUCUGGAUCUCACGGGAGCAACUGGACAUCAUGGAGACAACUUGGUAGAGAAGAUCAUUUCAGUGCUUCCCCAGCUCCCAGGCCACACCAACGAUGUGAUGGUUAACAUGGUAGAGCUUACGGCACUCCAGAAUGAAGAGAAGAGUCAGAGUAUGGUUGCGCCAGGCUGUCUUGCACAACCCAAGGACGCAGCCGCCAAAGCCUUGUGGGAAGCCUUACUGAGCACCAAGCACAAAGAGGCAGUGAUGGAAGUGCGGAGACAUCUAGUGGAAGCAGCAAGCAGAGAAAACCUGCCAAUCAAGAUGAGUAUGGGGAGAGUCACUCCGGGGCAGCUCCUGUCCUAUAUUCAUCUCUUCAAGAACAACCUCAAAGCUUUAGUGAGUCACUGUGGGCUCCUACAGCUUGGGCUGGCCACAGUUCAAACUCUGAAACACCCACAGACUGCCAAAUGGGACAACUUCCUGGCUUUUGAAAGACUCCUUCUCCAGAGCAUUGGGGAGUCAACCAUGUCUGUUGUGUUAAAUCAGCUGCUGCCCAUGAUGAAGCCUUUGAACCAAAGGACCGACAAUGAUUACAGCCCUGAAGAAUUGUUGGUCCUCCUGAUAUAUAUUUACUCUGUUGGUGGAGAGUUUACAGUGGACAAAGACCUGGGGGAAGCCGAAGAAAAAGUGAAGAAAGCAUUGGCUCAGGUCUUCUGUGAAGAGUCUGAAUUGUCACCUUUGCUGCAAAAAAUUACAGGAGCUGAGAUCCCCACUGGAUUGGCCAGCCCCAGACCAGAGCGAGCCCGAACCAGACCCCAGAGGUCUCCAUCACUGACCACAUACCGUGUGUAUGUUGUUAUUCAGUUUCCUUUCGUGGCUAAGGGAUGGACACCUAAGUACUGCUUCUUUUUAUAGAAGGCUCUGACUAGCAUAUUUGCUGAUUAAAAGGGAGGCUUCACAGAACACUCAUUUUGAAGAGCAUGGUAAUAGUUACGAACGAGGACUAUUUCAGGCCUUUACUGCAAAAUGUUUACUUCCUAAAAUAAAGAGGGCAUGCAUUCUGUUUACUUCCUCCUAAUGAGAAUUCAUCAGGAGUUUGAAGGCUGUUUUUGUGCCCCCUCUCUCUUCCCCCACGUUUCAGCCUUCCCCGUCCAAGAAGCAGCUGACCGGUGCUACCAUUAAAGUUGGCAUUUGACUUUGAAAGGAAUGCUCUGCCACUCUCCCAUUAGAACUGUAGCAAGCUGCCUUCGUUGACCAAACAUAUAUCAGAACCUUUAAUGUCUUUCAAAUCCUGUCACUGAUUCCUCUCUCCUCGGGGAAGGUGUUCCUUGACCCCAUCCUACUGUGUAAAAUAAUUCCUCCUCUCUGCUCUUUCUCUACUGGCUCGUGCCUUCAUCGCUGUGCCUAUUGCACGACUUUGACAUUUAACGACUACUUAGUAGUACCUAUUAUAUGCCAGGCACGGUGCUAGAUCCUAAAGAUCUAACUACAAAUGGGAUUUGAGAACAGUGUUAUCUGAUAGAACUUUCAGUGGUGAUGGAAGUGUUCUAUAUCUGCACUAUCCGCUAUGGUAGUCACUAGGCACAUGUGGCUAUUGAGCACCUGCUGUGUGGCUAGUACCACUGAGCAACCAAAUGUGUGAUCUUGUUCAUUUAAAUUCACAUCGAAAUAGUUAGGUGUGACUAGCGACUACUCUAUUGGACAACGUGGCUCAAGAUCAUAGCCCCGUAAAAACAAAGCCCUUCUGUUUAUCACUGUGCUCCCAGCACCCA